CCAUAGCAGAGAGAAAGGAGGGAUUCCCUUCAGUGCAGGCCGACCAGGUUGUAAUAAAUGGGAGAGGAGCUGCGGUGUUCAGUCUCGUUUUGACCGCCUCUCGAUGUUGGUUCGGUGGUUUCUGCUUCUGCUCUGGGCUCUGUCCGCUCAGGCAGACUUCUUCCAGUUCGACAGUAUUUCCAAUGCGUCCACUUACUAUUUUAACUAUAUUUAUUGCAAUAUAUGGGAGGGGGAGUGUCAGCCCAACCAAGACGAUGCUACACAGCAAGCAGUUCCUACCAAGGACCUCUGGGCAGGAUUUCCUCAGGACUACAUCAGCCUGCUACAUCAGUGGUACUGUAGCCUGGGCCAGUGCUGCGAGUCUGGAGACUGCAGGAUAACCAACAACAUCACAGGUCUGUCAAGGGACCUCCAGACGAAGCUCCAUGGUCAGCACCUGGUCCAGUCUGUGGUUCUAAAAGCCAUCCAGGGUUUUAUCAACAACCCAGAGUCCAAUAAGCCACUGACGCUCUCCUUCCACGGCUGGUCCGGCACUGGCAAGAACUUCGUGGCCCGGAUCAUCGCUGAUAACCUCUAUCGGGACGGGGUAAAGAGUGAGUGUGUCCGUCUGUUCAUCGCUCCGUUCCACUUUCCCCACGCAAGGCUGGUGGACACGUACAAGGGCCAGCUGAGAGAGGCGAUCCGAGACAUGGUGUUACGAUGCCCUCAGACUCUGUUCAUCUUCGAUGAGGCUGAGAAGCUUCAUCCAGGCCUCAUUGACGCCAUCAAACCUUACAUGGAUCACUAUGAUAAUGUAGAUGGUGUCAAUUACCGUAGAGCCAUCUUCCUCUUCCUCAGUAAUAUUGGUGGAGCAACAAUCAACGAUGUAGCGCUGGACUUCUGGCACUCUGGUCAAAAUCGAGAGGACAUUGGUAUGGAAGAUCUGGAGCAUCGGCUACGAGCUGAAACUAUGGAGUCUCAAGGUGGGUUUGCCCAAAGUGAGCUGAUGUCUGGCCACCUCAUCGACUUCUUUGUGCCCUUCCUGCCUCUGGAGUACCGCCAUGUCAAGCUGUGUGCACGGGAUGCCUAUGCAGCACGAGGUCUGGAGACAGAUGAGGCUACGCUGGAUGAGGUUGCCAAGGCGAUGCUAUAUGUACCCAAAGAGGAGAGACUGUUCUCAGCCCAGGGAUGCAAGUCCAUACCCCAGCGUAUCAACUUCUUUCUCCCUUAGACGGAGAAACAGACAGAGAGAGAGAGGGAGAGACCUGGAGGAGGUGUGAGAUUACGUUACCAGCCCAUCUGCAUACAGAGCCACAGAGGGGCCUGUGUCCUCUCUGCUCUGCUCUACCUACUCUCCCCCUCACAGAUACAACGUGUGUCUGUCCAGGUCCCUCAGAGAAGGCAAGACAGCAGGGCAGAUCCAGUAUUAGAGGGGAAAGCAGCGUGAUACACCUUGCAGUAGUCUCACAGGAAACAUGUACAUGCCAGAUGGUCAUCCUGUGCGGCGUGGAUACUCAAAACCUCACAAUGCGUCACAAUGCAGAAUCGAAGAAAAAAACAGUACAUGGUUGUGCAGUGUAUGUCAUAGAAGGAUACUGAUUCAUAUUUUUGUCAUUUCACACAAUUUAUGUCUGUUUACCUUGGCCAAAGUCUGAGUUGCACUGUGUUUUUUUUUUUAUGUCAGUUUAAGGUCAGAAUUCAUGUGUCAGUAUGUCAGACACUGUGCUUAUAUUAGCUGUGAUUAUUUAUUGACAUCAUUACUGUGUUACUGUAUCAGAUUAUUUUUGUAGAGUUUCUGUGUAAAUGUGGUACUCCAAGCCUUUGACAUUGGCUUUUAAUAGAUAUUAAGUCAUUGUGGUGCGAACAGUAUGGAGUGUGUAACGGCUCAUCUAAAGGGACUGACUACGAUGCAAAUGCUACUUGAAACUGUUACUGGAAAACAUGUGAAAGUCCACAUGUCAAAAGCAAUGAAUCUAUUUGAAAAUCAACUAUUUUGUGUAAAUUUUGUUUAAUAUUUUUGAUGUCAGUAAUUUUAAGAGCUCAUAAAAAUCUGCCAAAUGUCUGAGUGAUAUCAUCAUCAUUUCUUAAUAUGUGUUAAAAUGUUGAAAUGUUUUUUUAUUCACUGACUUGCUUUUCCUCUCUCAACCACACAUUCACUCUCACAUACACUCACAGGUCUGUGCUGGUCUGCUUGGUGAUUUUGCUCUCUAAAGCUCUGAAUGUCACAUCACAAAGUGAACAUGGAAAACACAAUAUGUUACGAAUGGUUCUAAGCAAAUAAACAUCCACAGUAAACCAACAU